UCCGCGAGUCUUGCGUGCGAACUGGCUUUUCCAUCUUUUUCUCCUUCUCUCAUUUUUUGUAACAUAAUUUCUGAAUCAUUUUAAUUUGUCUUCAGUAAGCGUGCAGUGGGUUCGAUUUUUUUAAAGUAGAAAGUUUUUUGUUUGUUUUUGUUUUACAACAUGGCAUUAAAUUGCUGAAUUAUCCAGCUAAGAAUGAAGCGGUCAGAGGGUGCUGAUGGAAAAAGCUACUUUUUAGCGGGUCCGGAGAGGGUGAGCGAGCAGGGGCGACUCGGGCCAGCGACGGUUAAGUCAGCUUGUCAUGAGGCCCCUGCUAGCUUCCUGCUCCUGCUUCAUUUUUAAUCAAAUGAAAUAUGACAUUAGAGCAUAACGAUGGGAGCCGCACGCCUUCAUUAGAAAAGCCAUACCGAAAAGUGUUACAGAGAUGGCGGCUGUGCUCGGCCUCUCUCCUCUUCUUCACUGUUGUGCUACUGGACAACUUUGUGGCCUGUCUAAGUGUUAGAGAUUUGACUGUAUAUUCUGCGCGUUUCCGUAAUCCCUGGAUGCCAGACAGUUUCGGUUCUAAUAUAAGCCCUACCUGUCGUGUGUCGCAGGGCCUAAGUCAACCCCAGUGCCUUUCCCUGGCGUACCUGUGCGCCCUGUCACCGGGCAGGGAGCGGGAGAAGCAUUUGCUAAACCAACGCCCUUGCUUUUGCUCCCACUACCUCUUGACAUCAGUGCUCGGACCACGGGGAAUAAAAGGUUCACCAGAAGAUUGUCGGACCGCUCUGACUUCAGUGAUUAACCUCGACACCAUGGCUCAGCAAGUCACGUGUGAGUUUGAAGCAUUACUUGCCCGAUACGAUUGUAGAGGGCAGUAUUCGGUCCGGUUUUCCUGUCAAGAGUGUGAGAAAGUGUAUCGACAGUGGGUGUGCGCCAUGCUACUUCCGUUUUUCCUCCACGAUCAACAUAUAAAACCUUGCCGGACGUUCUGUCAUCGGGUAGAACAACAGUGUCCCUAUUUUCACCCUCAUACUAAAGAACAGUAUGCUGGAGAACCGGUCUUCAAGUGUAUAGAUCCCAACAUCCCUGACAUUCCUUCUAUCUCACCAAACUCUGCUUAUGGCAAAUAUGGGCACUGUUACCAAGCUUGCCACGUGAGCCCGCACAUCGAGCCUGGAACGUGUAACAUUUCCAUUUCCUGGAACAAUUCUCAGGAAACGACUACAGUUUCGCACCCAUCAUCACUUGAACACACUCCCUAUAUGUUUUCUACCGUUUCUUCAAAAGCAAUGAGAAACGGCGCAAACCUUUUCUUAGUAUUGGGAUUUUUGAUAAUUAAUGGUGGAUUGUGGCGCCACUUAGUGACUAAACAUUGUGCACAAAGAAGCAAAAGAUGGACCUGGCCAACAAAUUUUAGGGUUGUCUAUAGAGAACCCACCUAGCAUCAAUUUAGCUAUUGUUGUUUGUUAUGUAAUCUGUAAUAGAACGAAGAGACACAAAUUCACCUUAGAACGUCGACUUUACAAGAAACUAAUACUAAACUCUUUGACAAAAGUGAUUGAAUGAAUCAUUACAUUGAUUGAACAUCGGGAGUGAGUAUUGUCGCCUAUAUUUUCAACAUGACCAAGAUCAUCGUGUCAAGAAGAAGAAAAAGUCGUAUUUUAUUUUAUAACGCCUUGUUAUUGAGCUAGUUAUAAGAAAAUGCAUUUUUCAUAGGACUAAAACGUUAUUCAAAAUUUAUUCUGUUUAAUUAAUUGUAUUCUAUUCAAACACUUUUAUUUUUGACAUAGUGUUUUCUGAGAUCUGCUUGAAAAUUUCUUAGUUUUGAUUUGUGGACCUAAAAAAAAGAAGAAAGGUGAUCGUUACUUAAUAAAUGAUUUCUCAUUAUUUAUUCUUAACGUUAAUUUAACUAUGCUCCCCUAAGCAAACAAUUACAGUUCUCAGAUGUUCGCGAUAGUUUAUAAAUGAAAUAAUCAACCACACACUUUUUAGGGGCAAACAUUUAAAGAUCAAUCAUCUGGCGAUAGACAUGUAUUUACAAAGAUACUCACAUUUAGUUGAUGUAGACGCAAAUAACCCUUAAAUUAAUAGAUUGUAGGAUGUUUACUAGAUGUAGGAGAGAAGAAAUUUCUUCUAGUGAUUGUAAAAUCGAAAUUGUUUGUGAUAUGGGGUGUUAACUGAACUUUUUACUAUACCUCUGAGUAUUAUUUAGUAUUUACUGGGUUUUUUUCUUUCAAAUAUUAUUAUAUAUUGUUACUAUUAGCGCCUCCUAUUAUCAAAUUUCACUAAAAACUGCGUUUCAGAGAAAUGAGCCAAUAAAAAUUGAGAGGAUGUGUGGCUUCUAUAACUAUUGAAUUUUAUAAGAAAUUCGCCAGUAUAUUUGUCCAUCUUUAAGAGUCCCGAUUUAGCUAUUAACGUGUGAUAGGAAGUCUAUAAUGAAAUGACACAACUAUCUUUACAGGCAAGUGUAAUCGACAAAUAAU